AUGGAAAGGUAUGCUAAGGUGAAGGCACCAACUUCAUCAGUGGAUAAACUCCUCGAUGAAUUCAUAGCAGAGUGGGCAUUAGAAGCUGAGGUGGAAGAGUCCACCAUCCAGUGUGUGCUCUCACCUCCUACCCUAAACGUGUCUCCUCACAAGACUUUCAGAAUCAAACAAUUCCUGGUCAAGAAGCAAAAGCAGAAUCACCCCAUUCCCCAGCAGAUUCGUAUGAAGACAGGUAAUAAAAUCAGGUACAACUCCAAGAGGAGACCCUGGAAGAGGACCAGGCUAGGACUGUAA